AUGCUGACGGACAGCAAGAAGUACGGUCUGAGUGUGAACCUGAUGGCCACGCGGGUGAUGCCGUCGCUGCUGCCGCUGACGAUGAACGCUGCGCUGCACCUGGACCAGUUCACCAGCCUGCUGAGGUCCUGCAGGAGAUGCUGGACACCAUCGACCGACCACAGCGCCGAGGACUGCAGCCGCAAGAGCAGCGGCUCGGCCGGCUCUUUGUGCUCCUCAGGCCCGUCGUCACCGGACAGUAACCGGCUGCGCGUGCACUCGGCGCUGAUCGGCCGCCGACUCUCCGACAACGAGCUGCUCAACCCGCCAAAGAUCCGCGUGGCGUCGCACUCGUGCGGUUCGUCGACGGGCGACCUGCGCGCGGGGCUGCUGCCCAUCCGGCGCCACUCGUCCACCUGCUCCAACGAGCGGCGCAACUCCAUGUUCAACCUCUCCCCGGCCACGCUGAGUCACCGAUACGGUCUGAGCGGCUCGGUGCCCAACACCAGCCUGCUGACACCGUCUCCGGGCUCGAUGGGCCGGCGUAAAUCGGCGGCCGGCGCGGCGCUGGGCGCCGUCGGCCUCAGCAGCUCCCUGAAGCACCGGCGCAGCUCCUAUGUGGCCCCCGGCUCCAGCAGCGGCAUCCUGCAGCAGCUCAGCACCGGCGUGCCGGCCAAGGCGGGCGUCAUCGGCUGA